GUACAUAUGCAUACACACACACUACUGUUCACUACUGUUACAGUGAAGCUAUUUUGACGACAAUUCCACCGACAAACAGGAAAAAAAAAAAAACUCCGAAACGUGAUAUCGAAAGAACCAUUAAAAUAUUGUGCGUAUCGGUUUUAAACAAUUGUAUUUAUUUGUUUUGAUUGAAAUAGAUAAUUGAUAGUUAAAUUAUUGGUGAGUAAAGUAUCAUUCAAUAUAAAAAAAAAAAAGUUAAACGCAAAAGUCCGUGAGGAACAAAAACACAGUGUGUGAAUAAUAAUUUUUACGUUCAGUCUAAAAAUAUUGUUUAUUUAUAAUCAUCAAAAAUGGGGAAUGUACACACCUGCGGACCUAAUGAAGCACUCGUUGUAUCAGGAGGAUGCUGUGGUUCAUCAAAAAAGAAAACAAUUGUUGGAGGUUAUGCAUUUUGUUGGUGGUUUGUUACUGAUGUUCAACGUUUGUCAUUGGAAGUAAUGACACUUAAUCCAGUAUGCGAAAGUGUUGAAACAGCUCAUGGUGUACCAUUAACUGUAACUGGUGUUGCUCAGUGUAAAAUAAUGAAAGCUGAUGAAUUAUUACACACAGCUAGUGAACAAUUUCUUGGCAAAAAUGUUAAAGAAAUUAAAUCAACAAUAUUAUCAACACUUGAAGGUCAUCUUAGAGCAAUUUUAGGAACAUUGUCAGUUGAAGAAGUAUACAAAGAUCGUGAUCAAUUUGCAAAUUUAGUACGUGAAGUUGCUGCUCCAGAUGUUGGUCGUAUGGGUAUUGAAAUUUUGUCAUUUACUAUCAAGGAUGUUUAUGAUAAUGUACAGUAUCUUGCAUCACUUGGUAAAGCACAAACUGCUGCUGUUAAACGUGAUGCUGAUGUUGGAGUUGCUGAAGCAAAUCGUGAUGCUGGAAUUAGGGAAGCUGAAUGUGAAAAAGCUGCAAUGGAUACCAAGUAUAAUACUGAUACAAAAAUUGAAGACAAUGCAAGACUUUAUCAAUUACAAAAAGCAAAUUUUGAUCAGGAAGUCAAUACAGCUAAAGCUGAAGCACAAUUAGCCUACCAAUUGCAAGCAGCAAAAAUUAAACAAAGAAUAAGAAAUGAGGAAAUUCAAAUUGAAGUUGUUGAAAGACGCAAGCAAAUUGAAGUUGAAAAACAAGAAAUUUGCAGAAAAGAACAUGAACUUGAAAGUACUGUUCGUUUACCAGCUGAAGCUGAGCAUUAUAAAAUUGGUUGUAUUGCUGAAGGAAAAAAAACACAAACUGUAGAAAAUGCAAAAGCAGAAGCAGAAAAAAUUCGAUUGGUUGGUGAGGCAGAAGCUAAAAGUAUGGAAAUGGUUGGAAUUGCUGAUGCUGAAAGAAUGCGUCUUAAAGCUCAAGUUUAUAAACAAUAUAACGAUGCAGCAAUUCUCAGUAUUGCUCUCAAAGCAAUGCCAAAGAUUGCUGCUGAAGUUUCUGCACCACUUGCAAGAACAGAUGAGAUUGUUUUACUUGGUGCUAAUGACAAUAUUAGUGGCGAUGUUGCUCGUCUUGUUGGACAACUUCCUCCUGCUGUUCAAGCACUCACUGGAGUUGAUAUAUCCAAGGUUUUAUCAAAACUUCCUGGAGCAAGUGACAUGACAAGAAACAGUAAAUUAAUCAAAUAAAUAAAAGAAAAUAUAUUUUCAUCUUUUUCAUAAACUUUUUUUUCAUUUCUUAAUUUUUUUUUUUUUUCCUAUGAAAAAAAUUAACUACAAAUUGGUGUUAAUUAAAUCCUAAAAGACAUUUAAAUAAUAAUAAUAAUGAGUAUACAUUACAAAAGUAAUUGUAUAAAUUUCAAAAAAAAAAAAAAAAAUAGAAAAAAUUUUAUCUGUUAGUAAUCGAAGCUGAUGUUAUUGCUUCAUCCAUUUUCGAGCUAAUAAAACUUUCAAAUUUAAUCAACCGUCCCUAAUUAGACAAAUAAUUAGAUAUUAUUUUUGACCAUGGUGUUCACCAUUAGUUAGUAAAGCCUUAAAACAAUUUUUCAAGCUUAGAAAAUGAUGAAAAAAAAAAAAGAAUAAUAUCUCAAAAAUAAAUAUCCCAUCAUUGCAUAAAUAUUUUCCAAAUUUAAAAAUAAAAAACAUUUAAAAUUUGAUGACCAAUUAAAUUUUGAAAUAGAAAAACAUCAUAAUAUAUAUAUUUUUUUUUGUAUGAAAGAGAAAAAAAGAAAAUGUUAAAAAUGAGUUUAAAAUAUGAUACAUCAGGUUGAAGAUAAAAUUGAUAAUUAAGACAAGACAUUACCAGUAAAUAGUAUUGUUAAAUCUUUAUCUUCCUUUUUCGUACGUCUGCGAAUUACAAACAGUACAAAAUCAUAUUUACACUUAAUUAUCAAACAAUUUUUAAUUAUUAUUUCUUUUUUUUUUUUUCUCGUUUGAAAAUAACACUAGAUGAUCCAAUGCACAGUUUUAUCGAUUGAGAAUAUUUCUUUAAUUUUUUUUUUUCGUUUUAAAAUCAAUUACAGC